UUUUUUUGCUUAUUAUAGCUAAAAUAUAAAGUUGAUAUAAAAAGCUUUUCAACGUAUUGGAAAAUCUAAAGAAAGGGAAAGCUUAAUAGUAGUAAGCAAUGGAGGAAUGGAAUGGAGCCACCGCCCUUAUGACGUGGCCACACACCCAUGACCUAGUUGUGACUCACUGAGUUUGACACUCUAUUGGUAAUCAAAAAGUUUUAAUUUUUAUUAAAUAAAUAAAAAGAAAAAAAGAGAUUCCCUUCUUUAGCUUUUUGAGUCUUUAUAAGCAACGCUAAACCACUUGAGAUCUCCCCCUUUUCUUCUUCCUUCUUCUUCUUCUUUCUUCCUCCAUUGUUGACUUGCUUGAGCUUAGUUUUCUUUCUCAAAAAUGGGUUUGUUUGCGGAUGAUCUAACUUCAAGCGCAAUUGUUACUCAUAUGUUAUACAAAGCAGCUCUGAUAAUUGCAGUAACGAGAUGGAUUUUAGCUUGGGCAAUCAGCAUCAGAAACAAAAUUCAGGAAUAUUCUUCCAGAAACCCUAAUUUCUUAGGAACUGAAAAUUCACGAUUUCCAUCUCCGCCUCCGUGUUCUCCUUCGAUUGAAUUGAUCAGAGAUAGUCUGACUCUGACCACGUUCGGCGAAAUGACGGAGAGAUUCCCGAACCAGGAAGGCCAUUGGGACACGUGCGCCGUGUGCUUGAACCAAUUGAACACGAACGACGAGGUGAGAGAGCUGAGGAACUGCCGCCAUGUCUUCCACCGAGAAUGCCUCGACCGGUGGCUAGAUCACGACCAGCACCACCACCAAGAGUCUCACCGGAAGUCGUGCCCGCUUUGCCGUGCGCCGUUCCUGACUCAGGAACAGUCGCAGAGAUUGACCAUGGGCGUCGCACCUCAGCCCAGCUGGGCCGUCGAGCGCCUUCUCUACCUUUUUGGGGAUGAUUUGCUGUUGUGACUCGUUCAUGGAUUUCAUCGAGUCGUUCUCUUCUCUACUACUGAAUUUUCUCUUUCUUAAACCUAUUUUUUUUUUCUUUUUUAGAAUCGUUUUAGUGUAAAAUCUGUGAAUAUUAUGUAUUUAAUAUUAAAUAUUUUAUUGGAUUGAUCUGUUUCUCUGCUCAGUUUUAUUAUGACUCGAUCUACUGUAAUUUUGCACUCUGUGUUCUUCUUAUCUAAACUUAACUAGCUUAGAGAGUUUUCUUAAUUUGUGUAUUUAUUUCAGUUAUUGUAAGACUAAUCAUUAUUUCUUUUAAAUAAAUUGACUAUUAUUUAUGUA